CGGAACUCCGACGGAACCCACCCGCUCAGUUGAUUCUUAUCCGCAGCUUGGAGCGUACGUGUUCACUUUACCAGCUCAUAACUUUUCGUAAUUCGCUAUGACAUUACGCUGCGUGCUUGUGGUACUGGCUUUAGCCGGAGCCACGUUUGCAGGUGAAGAGGUCACCGAACUUAAAGUCGAGGUGAUCAGCGUGCCAGAACUAUGCUCUGUGAAGUCCAAACAUGGGGACAUGCUCACCAUGCAAUAUACCGGCACUCUCGAUAACGGCCACAAGUUUGACUCCAGCUUGGACCGAGACCAACCCUUCUCGUUCCAAAUCGGCGUUGGUCAGGUAAUUAAGGGAUGGGAUCAAGGAUUGCUUGAUAUGUGCGUUGGUGAAAAGCGUAAACUGACUAUCCCAUCGUCUCUCGCUUACGGUGAGCGUGGGGCUGGCAACGUGAUUCCCCCAUUCGCCACCCUACACUUCGACGUCGAACUCAUCAACAUCGGUGACUCUCCUCCAACCACCAACGUGUUUAAGGAGAUUGAUGCCGACAAAGACAACAUGCUGUCUCGGGAAGAAGUGAGUAUAGAGUUAGCCUUCAGAAGGAUGGAUACAGACGGCGACAAAGAGUUGUCCCGAGAGGAGGUAAGCGAGUACCUGAAGAAGCAAAUCGUACCUCCUGAGGGUGGCGAGAUGAGCGACGACAUUAAGCAAAUGCUCGAAGGCCACGACAAACUUGUCGAAGAAAUCUUCCAGCACGAGGAUAAAGACAAAAAUGGUUUCAUAAGCCACGAGGAGUUCUCAGGACCAAAACACGAUGAGCUCUAAAUCAAUUACAUAUAUUAUCUUCUUUUAGGCCAAGUUAUAAUUGGGAGUAAAAGACGAGAGUGACGAGUGUUAUUGAUGUUUGUACCUCUAAUGUAAUGUUCAAAAUUCUGUUGUAUGCUCACUUUAGCAUGACCAAGUGAUUAGUCGUAAUUCUCAAAUAGCAAGAUUGUAAGCGAUCUAACAUAAAGUGUAUAAGAGUCAUUUCUAACUUGUUUUGUUAAAUCUUUUGUACUUAUAUAGUUGACUUAUGUUGUUGGUGUAUCUAUGAAAAUGUUUAGUACCUAAUUUAUAAUAUUAGGGUAAUAAGGCAAACUUUGGCAUAAUAAACUUAUUUAUUAUUCUCAACUUUUCCAAGUCAGUGUCAAAUCGAUGUUAAAAUGGUAAACUUAAGUAUAAUUAGGUACUUAAGUGAAAUUUACUUUUUCUCACUUUAUGUGUACUUUUUAAUGAUUUACUCCUUGCCUGACAUGAUCAGUAGAUAUUUAAUAAGCAAAAUUGUAAUAGUAAUGUACUGUAAACGUCACCGGUUAGUUUAUCAUAGCCAUCAUGUUAAUGCCAAGUACAUAGAUGUACACGUCAUACAUAAGUAGGUAAGUACUUACGGUUUCCGUUUAAUUUUCAUUCCGCUGCGAUUCCAAUAAAACAUAUUUACACCUAAAAUUGUGUUU